AUGUGGCUUUUGACCAGAGACAACUCAGAGGCUAUAACUAUUAUUUCAAUAAUUACACUUGAACAAUAUUGGCAGUUUGCAAUUGUCACCCUUUUAGUUUAUGAUACUAUUGUUACACUGGAUAGAGAGGGACGCCCACUCAAGAAGCCGGUCAAUUUGGCUUAUUUUCUGAAUCGGUAUAUUGGCAUUAUUGGAGCAAUAUUGCAUGUGUUGUUGGAAGGACUAAAUAUCAACAUUAACAUGUGUGAGGGAUCGGUGUAUAACAAACUGGACUCAGCACUAAUGAACCUCUCAGAUUGGAUAGCUAUAGCAUCAAUUGAUUCGAAAUUUCUUUCAAUUUGCCUCAUGGCCCUCCUCGGUUUAGAGGUUGCUGUUAAAUUCGGUAUAUUUGUUUAUGGAACGUGGUUGGAGCAGCCUACCCCCGAAUCAAUAGCAGAGAAUAUUUCGGUCUGUUCUGCACAAGCUCAAAACCUAACACUGGGCAUUAUUAGCUGGUACGAAGAAUCUGAUUCUGGGCCAGUCAGUGUUAGCACUAGCAAUGCCGGAGGCUCUGAGAAUGCGUCUCAGGUGUGA